AGUACCUGGUUAGACUAAAUUUGUAUUUUUGUUUUCAUCUCUUCUGUCUUAGCCUGCCCCUGGUACCGCCUCGAGUCUCCGUCGCUGCCACCUCGGAAACCUUAGUGCAAAUUGCAUUAGCAACUAUCAGAAUGCAUAACGAGAUCAUAGAACUCACCGACUCUGAUUCUGAUUCUAAUGCUCGCCCAGUGAAACAGGAGUCAGACAAAACAUCGCACCUCAAUCGGAAGGUAACCGCCCUCAAGGCAAGCCUGACAUCCAAGACCAACCUCGUCGCGGAACAGGGCAAGGAGUUAACUAAACUCCGCAAGGAAAAUAAGCAGCUUAAGAACGACCAAGACCUUCGGACCGCUGAGAUCGCAGGGCUUCAAGAUGAGUUGAAGAACAUCCUGCGUCAACUGGAUGACCAAACAGUUAAAAAUCACAAUUUCAACAUGAUUAAGCUCAAGAACUUGAAGUCGAAUGCUGUACUAUCAAAUGGGACUGUCGUCGAAGCUACAUGGCAUCACGAUGUUGAUCAAGACAUGUCCGACAGCUUCGCAUCCACAGCGCCCUCGCAGCCCUCAAACUCAAUCACCUUUAGAUCGAGUCCGAUCGUGAAACCAGAGCCUGUCCGAGUCGAUACAACAAUUAAAGUCGUUAUCAAGUCGGAAAAUGAACCCGAUCUGAUCGAACAGGUUCCGUUCGUCAAGGGUGAAGAUGGCAAAUUUGAUGUCUGGAAUCUUGAGCACCUUGGUCUCGGACCUCCAGUUGUGGUCGAAGAGCGGUUCCGCGUCGGAUUUCCGCGCACCGUGAUCAGCAACGCUCUUGGCGGAUGUCCCCAAACCAUGUCGAACAACUGGCAAGGUCGUACAAAAACGGAUAAAUUCCCAUACUUGGCCAUGAAUCGUUUCUACAAUCCACACCUCCCACUCGUUCCGGGCGGUCAUGGUGUCGUGUUUUGUGAGGUAAAGUAUUUCAAAGACGGCUCGCUCAUUGAAGGGCCAAUCGACCUCAUCGCUCCUGACAAGCCAAAUCAAUGGAUAUACCUUGGUUCGUAUGAGACCUUCCGGUGGGGUGAAAUUUCACCCAACCAACUUGACCUACUCCAACCUCUGGUCAUUCAACAUUGGGUGUCUGGAGCCCUAGCGACCGCAUGGGGAAGGAGCUGGGUCGAAAGAACGAAUGCCGAACUUGUAGAAAAGGGGGGUGAAAUUCGCCUCAUCGAGUUUACGGAAGAUGGCCUUCGGGAGGCACUCAAUGAUGUUCUUGCAUUACCAGGCGCAUCCAAAAUCGCAGAAACCGCAGAAACCGCAGAAAAGGAAGAAGAAAUCGAGCUCGAGAGUUAAGAAACCCUCCGCCAAAAGGGUGAAAGGAAGCGAGCGCCAGAAGGAGGUGCCAUCUGAAAGUGACGGUGACGACGAAUUGCAACCUACCCCGCCUGGUAGUGACAAAGAU